GCUCUGUUUGAUUAUUGGCCCUAUGUUUGGUCUACAUAACUUACAAAGACAAGUCGGCAAGUUCUUGAGCGAUGUUAGCUUUUAAUGUGUUAAUCUUGAUAAAAAAUGAGUAUUUCAGCUAUGUCUGAGCCGUCCAACAUUAACGCUGAUAGAGAAGAUUUUCUUACUCAUUAAUAAAUAAGAUCUCUAUAAUUAUAGAGAUAACAACUUUUCAUGGUUCUUUGUCCAUCACAUACGAAACACUUUGAAAUCUGUGGGUCCUCAUACAACUUUCGUGAUACGCUGUCAAUAUGUCAGGUUCAAUAUACCUAUGCCUAUACUUAUACCUAAUGCCUAUCAACUCGGAAAAGUGUGUCUACAUGCACUUGGGGGAUUCAAAGGUUAAUACGUACAACAUAGGGGAUGUGUCAUUACCCGUAGUCCGGUCUCAUAAGGACCUAGGGGUGACAGUGAGUAAUGAUCUUAAGACGACGGCACAUUGGCGGGAGGUCGCAGUUAAGGGGUUUCGAACCCUCUGGGCUUUAAAAAGGACAUUCACUAAGCUUGAUACUACCAUGUUCACCACAUUAUACACAUCCUUAGUGAGAACUAAGUUAGAGAACUGUGUUCAGGCUGCAAGCCCCUGUUUAAAAGGUGACUCAGACAUACUAGAAAAGGUACAGAGGGCAGCUACGCGUGCAAUUCCGGAACUCCGGGGUUUAUCAUGAAAAGAGCGGCUUGAAAAACUGAACCUCUUUACUCUGUCCUAUCGCAGACUAAGGGGAGAUCUAAUAUUGAUGUACAGAAUACUGAGAAAUGAUUUCGGACCUAACUUUCUUCCCACUAGAUCGGGACACCUCAGAGGACAUAGCAGGCGAGUAGAAAAGCCAAGAACGAACAAAAUACCCCUGGCAUACAGGUUUCCACACCGAGUCAUCAAUACUUGGAACCUGCUGCCUGAAGCAGUGGUAUUCGCACCUUCAAUUGACUCUUUCAAGAGAAGACUGGACACUCACAGAAGCAUACUAGAAAAGGAAUAACAUAGGCCGUAGGCCUUCUGUCCUUACUACGCAAAUCUGAAUGUUCUAGUUAGAUAUAGCAUUAUCGACACCUUGUAUACAGGGUGUUAUAACCCGAGUUCCCACCUUUAAGGAAAUUUUUGGGAAGCUCUCGAAGUCAAAUGACCUUGACCAGGGUUAAAGGGGAAAUAUUGGAGAAUUUCCCCAAAAUGUGCCAAAUUUUCACCGAUAUUGGGAGCUCGGGAACUUAUUGUGCAAGUGGGAUAUCCGUUUACCAAUCAAGUUACGUUUUCGCAGCUCAGUAGCCCUCUCUGUAAUAAUAUAUCGCCGUGAAACAGGGUCUUCUGAGGCAUCAGAUAUGCAUAGGCUACAGGAUUUUAAUCGCAGGUGUCUUCGGAGCAUUGAUCACUUAUCAUAGAACAGCAGAGUAAGGUGUCUUGGUGCUAAAUACGGUGAACUAAGCAGACAAGGCGAGCCCGUUGAUAAGGCUGUGGGUCUUUGCAAACAGGUAAUUGGGAGAUAUCAUUCAUGACCAACUACUCGACGGUCAAUGUCGGUUGGAGUAGGAGUAGGUUGGAAUAAAGCCAAGAGCUUUCGAUUCAACUGUGGCACCUUUUCAUGAAGUCACUAACUGUUGGUUGACUUAUAUCGACAAGUGAAGACUAACUGGUUGACGUCCGUUCGAUAACUGUAACGCGUAAUUGGAGACGGGUCAAGGCUCGUAAUCAGUUGCAGUGCCUCCAGAUGUAUUUACUCCUUGUCUUACUCGAGAUAUUCAGUAUUUUUUUAAAAAAUACCUCCUGUAAUCUCGAGCCUUACCAGAGGCGCUAUCAGCCUAGUCCAUAAUAUAUUAUUCUUCAGUAAAGAAGAACUAGUUUCGUCAUUUUAAUAUGUUAACCUGCCAUCAUAUGAGUAUCAAUCAUAUUAACUACUUAGAAGGUAAUAUACCAAAUAUCAAAUGAAUUGCAGAGGUUACACUUCAGUAAAAACAAAGGAUUUUAUACAUUCAAACAUACUUUUUGUUCAGAUGCGUUCUGUAUCAUUCAAAAGGACUAUAGAUUUCGCGUGAUUUUUUUAGGAUUUUACUCUCUGAUUCCAUGAAACGGGCAAAACAGGAAAGAGAACUGACAGAUGAAGAGCGUAAUAUCGUGAUAUCAGUACGUCAUUGUGCGCGAGAAUUGGACGAUGUCUUACAGGGUGCACGUAGAAAAGCUCAGUCGAAUCCCAAAGUAUUUGCGGAGACAGGAAUUAGUGUCAUGUUUAGAGGUGUUGACUCUUAUGCGGAUAUGUAUGAAAAAUUGGGUGUGAAGUCAAGAGAUGGAUUAGAAAGAUUAUUUUCUAAAUUUUCUGACUGUGAAGAAAUUCAGGAUACUCAAGAUGCAAUCGAAGAAACUGAAGGAAACUGGAGAAAUUUCCUAGUUAAUCUUGAUAAGGAGGUUGCACAUGAUGAGCAUGAAAAUAGUAGAGUUAAUUCAGUAUCUAAACCCGAGAACCUUUCUGAUGUGGAAUGUGAUUAUUUAUUCUUACCAUCACUACCACUUAUUGACUGGCAAACCAGCCGUGAAGUUAACUUGCAAGAUUAUGUCCAAAAAUACAUGUGCCUUGUAGUCAUCUGUCAGCCUGCAUACUGGCCAGAUACUGCUGUUCGUUGGCGUUAUUCAGAGGUAUCAAAAGCCCAGUGUGAUCUAUCCCAGUUCAACGUUGGAUACGCAGUUAUUACAUGGGGCCCAGCAGAUGAAGUGCGGAGUUGGUGUAAACAAGUUAAUCGAAUUACAAAGUGGCCGGUUUUAUGGGAUAAAUCAGGCGAUUUUCGAGCUAAAAUAGGAUUUAAAUCAGGUUUACAACGUGUAUGGGCCGCUGAAAAUCUGGAUUUCCUUGGUUGUCAACGUUCAAUGCAUCAUCGUCCGAUAAAUUCACCGCCAACUAAUCUCAACUGGUCAGAAUGGAAACAAAUCGGUGGCGAAUUAGUUUUAUCUCAGCCUGUCUUAUGGAACCCACAAAAGACAAUGAAAUCUAACAUAUAUGUAGCAACACAAACAAGUGUAAAACAUAAGCGCAAUACUCAUGAAAGUGAUGAAGAAGAUAGAUCCAAUGAAGAAGACGUGCACUCAGAAUCACUUAAAGUAUCAAUUAGAGAGGCCCUUCGUGAUAAAGAAGCCAUGAGUUCAAAACAGGUCAAAGUUUGUGCAUUGCACCUAAGUACUCGUAUUUCGGAUCUCAUGCCAUCAGGUUCGAUAUAUCAAGCUGCUUUAACGUGUUAUGCUCGUACACACAAUACUACAGAAAGCGAUGUCAUGGAUAAAAUUAGAAGAGAUCGCAGGUUUUGUACACCACCUGAAUCAGCUCGAUUACAGUACGAAGCAACUACCGGUUUAUAUUAUGACCCAGAAACUGCUUUAUAUUAUGACCCACUAAGAGGUUAUUUCUAUGAUUCAACGAAUCAAAUGUACUACUAUUGGUCUCAAUCUGAAGGACGAUAUAUCUUAGCCAAUACAUUGAUUCAAGCUGAACUUGCUGCUGCGCAUGUAGCUCAAGCAGUAGCAGCCCAAGCUGCCGCAGACAAAGCUAUGGCUGAGCGAGAAGCUGCUAAGAAGGCGGCCAUGUGUGUAGCCGCGCAAUUGGCGGAGAUACGUGCGGGUAAAGACGAUUAUGCUGCUUAUGCGUAUGCAACAUGUGUAUUACCUCAACAAGAACCAAGCGACCCAGAUUACAAAGAAAUUUCUACAGACAGUGGUAGAUUUUGUAUCGCUUAUCAAAACACAACAGCCGCUGCAAAUAAUAUAGAAGCAUCACUAAAAGCAUGGAACACAGGCAAUACUAACAGUGGUACUGAGAUUUUGUCGUCUAAACCUCUUGUUCCUUACACAGAUGACAAUACAGAAAACGAUCAUCGUAGUUCAACACCGCCACCCCCAGGGUUGUAAAUAAUAAAACUGUAAAGAACACAACAAACCCCCAUUUCAUUACUUUAGUCACAUUGCUCCACUCACUAUGUAUUUGGCGCUUUUGCGUAUUAUAAGCUGUGCAGCGUAUUUAAUUUGGUGUUUGUACAGCGAUUUUCUGGGUUUAAUUAACUUGUAACAUUUUACUAUUUCUGUAGAGCAUAAACUAUUCUAGUAC